AAAGCACUCACUCGCUCGACGAGUUCCGUCCAAACGCCGGGCAGCGAUGUGGCUCGACAGCCUCGCAAUCUCGAUCCCGCUCUGCAUCCAUUUGCGCAGCAGCGGGAGUAUACCAGAGCACUAAAUGCGACCAAGAUGGAGCGCAUGUUUGCGCAGCCAUUUGUUGCUCAGCUUGGAAGGGGUCAUGUUGACGGAGUGUAUACCAUGACCAAGGAUCCAAAGUCUCUAGAACGAUUCGCAAGUGGCAGUGGUGAUGGAGUAGUAAAGGUCUGGGACUUGCCGACAAGAGAUGAGAUCUGGCAGACGCAGGCGCAUGAAAAUUUGAUCAAAGGUACAAGCUGGACCAAGGACAGGAAGCUACUGAGCUGUGGCACUGAUCGAACAGUCAAGAUGUGGGAUCCAUACAACACAGUUGCCGGCGUGAAGGAGCCAGAGCAGAGUUGGCUUGGUGCGACAUCUUUUUCUGCUCUUUCAACCCAUCGACAAGAGACAUCCUUCGCAGUUGCUGCAUCAUCUGAGAUUCAUGUCUACGACUAUUCGCGAGGGCCACAAGAACCUUUGAAGCUCAGCUUGACCGGAUCUGUAGACACGAUCAGUGCUCUGGCUUUCAAUCAAUCAGAGACCUCGAUACUUGCCUCAUGUGCAAAUGACCAUUUCUUGCGAUUUUGGGACCUACGGACACACCAAGCUACCACCGGGGCGAGACUUACUUUGGCAGGCAAUACAGUUGCAUGGAAUCCCAUCGAGCCGAUGAAUAUUGCCGUUGGAUGUGAAGACCAUGAUAUUCACAUAUUCGAUAUGCGCAAUUUGAAGCGCUCACUCAACACGCUGAAGGACCACGUAGCUGCUGUGAUGUGUGUAGAUUGGUCGCCGACCGGACAAGAGCUGGUCUCAGCCUCAUACGAUCGCACUGUACGUUUAUGGAAUGCCUGGAAGUCUGGACGAAGCAGAGAUCCAUACCAUACGAAGCGCAUGCAACGUGUCUUCUCUUGCGUGUGGACUGGCGACAACACAUACGUCCUCUCUGGCUCUGAUGAUGGUAAUAUCCGGAUUUGGCGAUCGAACGCUUCCGAUCGAAGCGGCAUCAAAUCUGCACGAGAGCGACAGAGUCUGGAAUACAACAAGGCUUUGAAGGAGAGAUGGAAGCACAUGCCAGAAAUCAGGCGUAUCGAUAGGCAUAGACACGUGCCCAAGGUGGUGAAGAAAGCAAAUGAGAUCAAGGGAGAGGAGCUCAAGUCGCUGAAGCGGCGGGAGGAAAAUAGGAGAAAGCAUACGAGAGAAGGUCAGAAGAAGAGAAGAAGCGAACGAGAAAAGAUGGUCAUGGAGGUCGAGCAAUAGCUUUCCUCGCUCGGAUUUUCGUGGCGGCACAGCGAAGGCGUUUGUGAUAGCAUUUCUCGGGCGUUUGGUUUGAAGGUCAAAAAGAUACCAUGGGAAGUGCGGCAUUUGUGGAGUUGUCGAAAUAUCUCACGAAGAGCGACGAAGAAGCAAUGUAGCAAUCAAGACAUGUAUUGUCGCCUCCAGGCUGCUUUUACAGCUGCCAUGUCGUUCCUG